GCCCAGACAGACCAUCUGAAACAAUAUCUGUGAAUAGUAGUUUCUGGUAUAUGAUCAUGACCAGCAUAUCUAGUACAGUUGGCAGCCUGGCAAUGAGGGAGUUCUAUUUAGUGCUUUUGGUAUUGCUUGGGUGCAGCUACUCAUCUGUAGGACAGGUACCAGAUGAGACAGGUACCUCACUAGGCUCUAUAGAUGGACAAAUUGGCAUAGACCUACUGAAAGCGCUGCAGGCUUUGGAAGCCAAGCUUCAGGCCAACGAAGAGGAGCUGGAAAGGCUGAAGAAAAAAGAGAGCUAUAAAAUAGCAUUUGCUGCUUCUCUGGGAAGCGAUGGAACCUAUGGACCCUAUAGCAUGGACACCAACUUAGUCUACAGUAACGUCUUUUCCAACACUGGGAAUGCUUACAAUUCCAGUACAGGCAUAUUUACAGCUCCCAUCAAAGGACUUUACCACUUCAGUUUCUCUGGAAUUAAUUCGCCACCCACAUCUAUGUUCCUGCUACUCUAUAAAAAUGAAAAGCUUAUUAUAAGUUGUUAUACUAACCCGUCAGAUGAUCGUUUUUAUACAGCUUCCAAUUCUGUCUCUCUGAAUCUGGAGGUGGGAGACCAGGUGUAUAUGCGUCUCGGAAGCGACACAUCUGUCUUUAAUAAUGUCAAUAGCCACACCACGUUUUUGGGCCAUUUGCUUUAUGCAAAUUUAGAAUAAUACUGCUAUCAAAACAAAGUGAGCAUGAAUUAUUCUGUAUUCAAUAAACUGGGAAAAUUGC